ACAUUGGCCUGUGUCAACCGCUUAUCCGCCAUUCCAGGAAGUUGUGACCCUCCUUCCAUAGAAAACCAAAGAGAGGGUGAAACUUGUAGCGAACGAAGUUACAGCGCACUUAUCACGCUGAAGCUCGAGGGCUUACGCAGGGUAUUUUCCAACUUCAAACUAAACCAUUGAAUUCUUGGGACUCAAUUCCACCAUUUUGAAACGCUAAUUUACAACCAACUUCCCAAGUGGAUACUCUUGUUUUGACAAGUCCACAAACAUGAGUACUAUUAGCACUCCCAACAUCAACUUCAAGUGGGACCCGAAGAGCCUGGAGAUCCGGACUCUGGCUGUGGAGCGCUUGCUGGAGCCCCUGGUCACACAGGUCACCACCCUGGUGAACUCCAGCAACAAGGGGCCCUCCAACAAGAAGAAGGGCCGCUCCAAGAAGGCCCACGUGCUGGCCGCGUCCGUGGAGACCGCCACGCAGAACUUCCUGGAGAAAGGUGACAAGAUCGCCAAGGAGAGCCAGUUCCUGAAAGACGAGCUCACCGCCGCUGUGGAGGAUGUCCGCAAGCAAGGAGAUUCGAUGAAGCAGGCGUCUAGCGAGUUUGCGGAGGACCCGUGCUCGUCUGUGAAGCGCGGCAACAUGGUGCGUGCGGCCCGCGCCCUCCUCUCGGCCGUCACUCACCUGCUCGUACUGGCCGACAUGGCCGACGUCUACAGGCUCCUCAUGCAGCUCAAACUGGUGGAGGAGAACCUGGCGAAGGUGCGUAAUGCCCAGACGGAGCAGGACCUGGGCAUCCAGUACAAGGCCCUGAAGCCCGAGGUGGACAAACUCAACCUGAUGGCCGCCAAGAGGCAGCAGGAGCUGAAGGAUGUGCACCACAAGGAUCAGAUGGCCGCUGCUCGCGGCGUUCUGCAGCGCAACGUGCCCAUGCUCUACACGGCCUCGGUGGCCUGCCUGCAGCACCCGGACGUGGCGGCCUACAAGGCCAACCGCGACCUCAUCUACAAGCAGCUGCAGCACGCCGUCACCGGCAUCUCCAACGCUGCGCAGGCCACCGCCAGCGAGGACGCGGCCCUGGGCCAGACUGCCGGGGGAGGGGAGCUCGCCUACGCCCUCAACAACUUUGACAAGCAGAUCAUCGUGGACCCGUUGAGCUUCAGCGAGGAGCGCUUCCGUCCGUCCCUGGAGGAGCGCCUGGAGAGCAUCAUCAGCGGCGCCGCCCUCAUGGCCGACUCGUCCUGCACGCGUGACGACCGGCGCGAGCGCAUCGUGGCCGAGUGCAACUCCGUGCGCCAGGCCCUGCAGGACCUGCUGAGCGAGUACAUGGGCAACGCUGGUCGGAAGGACAAGAGCGAUGCCCUGAACACGGCCAUCGACAGGAUGACAAAGAAGACCCGUGACCUCCGCAGACAGCUGAGAAAGGCGGUGAUGGACCACGUGUCGGACUCCUUCCUGGAGACCAACGUGCCUCUCCUGGUCCUCAUCGAGGCGGCCAAGAACGGCAACGAGAAGGAGGUGAAGGAGUACGCCCAGGUCUUCCGCGAGCAUGCCAACAAGCUCAUCGAGGUGGCCAACUUGGCGUGCUCCAUCUCCAACAAUGAGGAAGGGGUGAAGUUGGUGCGCAUGGCAGCAUCUCAGCUGGAGGCCCUCUGCCCCCAGGUGAUUAAUGCGGCGCUGGCCCUGGCUGCCAAGCCCAACAGCAAGGUGGCCCAGGAUAACAUGGACCUCUUCAAGGAGAUGUGGGAGAAGCAGGUGCGCGUGCUCACCGACGCCGUGGACGACAUCACAUCCAUCGACGACUUCCUCAGUGUCUCCGAGAACCACAUCCUGGAGGACGUGAACAAGUGUGUGAUCGCGCUGCAGGAGAAGGAUGUGGACGGCCUGGACCGUACCGCCGGGGCCAUCAGGGGCCGCGCCGCGCGCAUCGUCCACGUGGUCACCUCCGAGAUGGACAACUACGAGCCGGGAGUCUACACCGAGAAGGUUCUGGAAGCCACCAAGCUGCUGACCGACACUGUGAUGCCCCGUUUCACAGACCAAGUGGAGGCGGCGGUGGAGGCCCUGAGUGCCAACCCCACGCUGCCCGUGGACGAGAACGAGUUCAUCGACGCCUCGCGCCUGGUCUACGACGGCGUGCGCGACAUCAGGAAGGCCGUGCUGAUGAUCAGGACCCCUGAGGAGUUGGACGACUCCGACUUUGAGACGGAGGACUUUGAUGUGGCCAGCCGCACCAGCAGGCAGACGGACGACGACCAGCUCAUCGCCGGCCAGAGCGCCAGGGCCAUCAUGGCGCAGCUGCCUCAGGAGCAGAAGGCCAAGAUUGCGGAGCAGGUGGCCAGCUUCCAGGAGGAGAAGAGCAAGCUGGAUGCCGAGGUGUCCAAGUGGGACGACAGCGGCAACGACAUCAUCGUGCUGGCCAAGCAGAUGUGCAUGAUCAUGAUGGAGAUGACAGACUUCACCAGGGGUAAGGGACCACUGAAGAACACCUCGGACGUGAUCAGUGCCGCAAAGAAGAUUGCAGAGGCCGGCUCCAGAAUGGACAAGUUGGGCCGCACCAUCGCCGACCAAUGUCCGGAUUCGACCUGCAAGAAUGACCUGCUGGCCUAUCUCCAGCGCAUCGCCCUCUAUUGCCACCAGCUUAACAUCUGCAGCAAGGUCAAGGCCGAGGUGCAGAACCUGGGAGGAGAGCUCGUCGUCUCAGGGCUGGACAGUGCCAUGUCCCUCAUCCAGGCGGCCAAGAACUUGAUGAACAGCGUGGUGUCCACCGUCAAGGCCUCCUACGUGGCCUCCACCAAGUACCAGAAGACCCAGGCCAUGCAGAACCUCAACAUGCCCGCCGUCUCCUGGAAGAUGAAAGCCCCCGAGAAGAAGCCCCUGGUCAAGCGCGAGAAGGAGGACAACCAGACCAACAAGGUCCGCCGCUCCUCACACAAGAAGCACAUCAACCCCGUGCAGGCCCUCAGCGAGUUCAAGGCCAUGGAUAGCAUCUAAAGCCGAAGAGAAGAGAAGAGAAGAGAAGAGAGCCGUGAUUAGGGAAGAGAGAAAUGAGCUGUUCACAUAUGCAACAAUAACUUCGGAUGAACAUCAACAACCAGACAACGCAACGUCUAGACGCAUUCUAAAGAACUCUGAUUGGCUGAUAUUAUUUUAUAGUUCCAAAAAAUCGCUCUUGAGGUGAUUGUUAUACUUCAUAUUGGUAGCGGUACCAUUCACUACGUCAUAACAAUGUUUUAAAAGUGAAAUUUGUAUUCAUCUUUAUAGUUAUCUUUGUAUAUGUGAACAGCCUAAAUAAGGGCCUUUGCAGGAUAGAAUGAGACAAUGUAUUUACCACUCAAUGUAUGGUUCCUCUCAGCGUAGCUCUGUUGGGAUAGAUUAUUUUUGUUUUUCGUUUGUUUUUCUUUUAUUGUAUGAAAGGGAGGUGUUUGUGCUUUUGCAAGCAUUCCUUCUGCUUAGAAAGCAACCUAUCUGUGUUUUUGUUUCUGUUUUCGAUUCCUUUUUUAAUGAGUUGCUUUCUACCCAGUUAUUAUUUUCUCCAAAAUGUUUAUAUUUAUUCUUUAUGAAUUCACUUCAGCUAUAACCAGUCUUCAAAAAAAAAAAAACGCCAGAUCUCUCCUCUCUCUCUGUGGAAGCAAUAAGGAAAUAGGCGACUGGACUUUAGGGCAUUUUGUGGUAUUAGACGAGGGGAAAGGAGAAGCGCCUUCUUAUAUACCUUCAGAUCAAGAUUUCGUCUUUGAUGCAUCGCUGAGUAUAUUUUAUAAUCCAGUGAGUGAGUGUGUGGGUGUUUGCUUGUGCGUGUGAGUGACUGAGUAAGAAUUAUAUUUGAAGUGCUCUUUUAUAUUGCCGGUAGGAACUAUAUUUGAUAUGGCAGCCUCUCUCCCCUUCUAAUCUAAUCUGUAGUAUUAGACGCCAAGCCUAUGCAAGCUCCGAGCUGCCUUAUACUCAAGAGAGCAAUAAUAAUUGUACUUGUGUUGUGGGAUGUGUGAGAGGCUUUUUAGGGAACAGUAAUUUCUUUUUGCCUUUUCUUAGUGCUCAGACCAAAGUGCAUUUGUUUUUUUCCCGCUCCAUAACGUUCUAUUCUUGAUUCAUCAUUAACGGUUUGAUAUAUUCAUAGUUUUUUGGGUGUGUUUGAUUGACUAACAUCUUGUGUUUAACAUACAUGCCCGCGGAGGAAAUAAUAAAGAAACGGUAAAUGGUCA